AUGAGUACCCUACGUUUGCAGAAGCGUUUAGCUGCUAGCGUACUAAAGUGCGGAAAAAGAAAGAUCUGGUUAGAUCCUAAUGAAACGAACGAAAUCUCUAAUGCCAAUUCAAGGCAAAAUAUCCGCAAGCUCGUAAAGGAUGGUUUAAUUAUCAGAAAACCUCAAAUUAUCCAUUCUAGAUCCAGAGUAAGAACUGCGAUGGAAGCACGCAGAAAAGGUAGACAUCGAGGAUACGGUAAGAGGAAAGGUACGGCAAAUGCCCGUAUGCCAGAAAAAAUUAUUUGGAUGCGUAGGAUGCGUGUGUUGAGAAGAUUACUGCGUAAAUAUCGUGAAGCAAAGAAGAUCGAUAAUCAUAUGUAUCAUGAAUAUUACGCUAAAGCCAAGGGUAACGUAUUCAAAAAUAAGCGAGUACUUAUGGAGUAUAUCUUUAAGAAGAAAGCUGAGAAAGCUCGUGCCAAGAUGUUUGCGGAUCAAGCCGAGGCUCGUCGUGCUAAGAAAAAGGCAGCUCGCCAAAGACGUGAAGAUCGUAUCACUGAGAAGAGAAAUGAGCGCCUUGCUGCAUUCGCCAAGCAAGAUGAAGCUGAAAAGUGAUCUACAACUGUACGACUUUUUGUAAAAACAGAAUUAUAUACGUAGAAAAAUAAAAUUGUGAGUUCGUUG